UCCAAUUUAUUCUUGUAAUUCCCAGAAAGAAGUCACAGACAGACGCAUUUCGUAUUCAUUGUGUAAAAAUGUCCCGCGAUCGCGACUUUACGUUUGGUGAAGGUAUUGAAUACGUAUUAGAUAACAUUCGAUUUCCGGACAAUACGCGAGCUACUUUUACGGAAGAUGCGCAAACAUUACAAAAUACGUUUGUAAACGCGAUUUCGAGCUACGAUCCAAUGUUCCGGACCGCAUUUCAAGGUCUCAGUUUGGGUGGCAGCUACUUGGAUGGAAUCAAGAUCGAUUUGCCGGAGGAAUUCGAUAUGCACGUCAAAAUUGAAUUACCGUGCAUUCUUCGUCCGGUAUCUGUGCCAGAUCGUCCGGGUUUUAUCUUCUUGAGUGCCUCGAAUGGGGAUAGUCCCUGUGUGAAGCGCUUUGAUAACGAAGGGUAUUUCAUCAGUCGGUUUGCGGUGCAGAAUUGGUUUCGCAACAGCAUUACGGCCGUAAUGCCGCAGUUGCAGAAAAUACGCUGCAAUGAGGGACGAGUUUACAGCAUGACGUAUACGGCACACGGCACCGGAGUCGCUCACACUUUGAUGGCGACCGAGCGACGUGAUCGGAAGCGUAAGAUCUGGUUUGAUUUUGUGCCCGUCUUCGAGUUUGAGCCGCAUCAAUGGCCAAGAGAUCUAAGGAGGCCCACAAACGACGGACGUAAUUGGUUUGCGGUGCCUCGCAAGUAUUUCGAUAAGCCGGAAACUCAGGAUCCCAGAUCCUUCAUACUAUGCGCUCCACACUGGGAGCGUUUGGUGCUGCACAAGAAGCAGAAUUUGAAGGAUUCGUUGCGUCUGAUGAAAUCCCUGCGCAAUGCCAAUGAAAUGGGAGGAUUGGUCAGUUACUUUCUGAAGAGCAUCUAUUUGCACGAGGUGGCCAACAAGAAAACCAACUGGAAUCAGUCACCAGGACGCAUUCUAAUACGUAUGCUGAUCAACCUGCUCCACGCUGUGAGACUCAACAAUUUACCCUUCUAUUUGGCGCCGGAUCACAACAAUCUUGAUAGCCUCAGUGCCGAAUGCCGUCGGGAAUAUGUGCGCAUUUUAAACAAAAAUGUAGAUAAAUUGAUAAGACGUCGUAAUGCCAAUUAUUUGACCAAAGAUGAUAUAUAUAAUAUUUUUGGCGUCAAAGUUGAUAAUUUAUAAAUUAAUCGCCAUUAAUAUAUUUGAAUUAAACGUGAUUUUUUUGUUAUAUUUUUGAAGUUUUGUCGAGUACUACAAAGGAAGUUAUCCUCUUUCUCAUUGUAUUUUUAAAAUACUUAUCACAUUUCUGUUGACAACGUCGAGAGCUACAAAAGUUUUUUGUCAUUAUUAUUAAGAGAGAAAUUUGCAUUUGUGUUACAUCAUUAAAUUUUAUUACUUGAAUAUGAUUUAUUAUUAAGUUUGUUGUUUAUUAUAAUUAUUGCUUUGCACAUGUGUUAUAAAGCAUUCAAGUUAGAAUUUAGGCAAAAACGUUCGCUGAUUAACCAAAAACUUUCUCUCAAAUAUGGCAGCAUUCCAAUACUCUUUAUGUAUUCCUUUAAACUCUAUACUCCCCCCACUCUCUCCCUCACUCUUUCACACACUGUCUCUUUCUAUCUGUCUUAAUUAAUUGAUUAAAAGAACAUACAAACUAGCAAGCAACUUGCAGCAGG